CGAAGAACGAAUAUGUCGGCGGAAGGAACGAAAGCUCGGGAGGUCAAGGUGGUGCUCCUUGGGGACACGGGCGUUGGCAAGUCGUCGCUCGUUCUCCGCUUCGUAACCAACAACUUCCGACCGUACUCGGAGAGCACCAUCGGCGCGUCCUUCAUGAGCAAGAUGCUCUUGGUCGGCGACCAAGCAAUCAAGUAUCAAAUUUGGGACACGGCUGGACAAGAAAAGUACCAUUCGCUUGCGCCAAUGUACUACCGCGGUGCUGCCGCUGCCAUCGUGGUGUACGAUAUUACCCGAAAGCAAUCUUUGGUGACGCUCAAGAACUGGGUCAAGGAGCUCAAGCAGCUCGGCCCAGACAACAUUGUGAUUGCGAUUGCAGGCAAUAAAUCCGACUUGGAAGACCAGCGAGAAGUGAGUUCUGCGACCGCAAAGGCGUACGCGGAUGAAAUCGGCGCGGUCUUUAUCGAAACCAGUGCGAAGGAAGACACGAAUGUGCUCGACUUGUUCAAGACCAUCAGCCAGCAACUCCCCAGUCCUGCUGGAGACAACCAUGCGCUGCCCGAAAUCGUCGACCCGUACGGAUCGGGCAAGGCAAAGGGUGGAUGCUGCUAAUGAAUCAACAGAAAUGUCCAACUGUAUGUACUCUCAUGUCAUCUGUGGUGCUAACGUAUUGAGAAAGUUGUUCCAUCUUGGAUGGACCUUCAAUGCACCGUCGACAUCCGCAGACAGGGUUGUUCGCGCACGAAGCACAUCGCCAAACGCGUCUGCAUCUGCCAGCUUUUGCAGCGUCACAGCAGAAGGGGCCACCAUGAUGUCACGAUGGACACCAAACAUGGAGGUUACUUGAUCCCAGUCCACGCCGUCAGGAUGCUGAAGCAGGACAUGAUGCAAGAGUUCUUGGCGCAUUUCAGGGACGUCUUGAAGCGACGGCGGCGCCCGGUGAUACAUUUCGAUGAGCUGGUUGGUCUGAGCUGCUGCCUGCAAGACCAUGCGGAGAAUCGUUCGAUCCCAUUGCUUGGGUUUUUCUGGCAGGACAAGCAGAACCUAGAGCAAUUCGACGAUCGAAUUGUAGAUGGGUGAGCAACUCAUCCUCGUAAAAAUGCACAUAUCGUAC